CCUGCUUAUAUACGACGCACGCUCCUGAAACCGGCAUACCGUUCCGGGCUCUCGUACCAACAACAUCAACUCGUAAACUGUACUAAAUCAAAAUGGCCAGAUUUGUUGUCCUGUUCCUCGCUUGCUUGGCUUUGGCUGCAGCGAGACAAGUACGUCGUGACGCUCCGGCCUCAUCCCCGUGGCAAGAGAUCGAGAAGCAUGCGACAGAGUUCUCGAAGACCUUCACCGAGCAAAUCAACUCGCUCGCCAACUCGAAGAACACCCAGGAGGUCAACAAGGCGCUGAAGGACGGCUCGGACUCCGUGUUAAAGCAGCUCUCAGCUUUCUCAUCCACCCUUCAGACCGCGGUAAAUGAAGCCACUGGUAAAGCGAAGGAGGUCCUCGAGCAAUCCCGCACCAACAUCCAACGCACCGCCGAAGAGUUGCGCAAGUCCCACCCCGAGGUAGAACAGCAAGCCAACGCUCUGCGGGAGAAACUCGAGAGUGCUGUCAAGAGCGCGGUUGCUGAGAGCCAGAAGUUGGCCAAGGAAGUAGCAGCCAACAUGGAGCAGACCAACCAGAAGUUGGCCCCGCAGAUCAAGUCCGCUUACGACGACUUCGUGAAGCAAGCCGAGGAGGUGCAGAAGAAGUUGCACGAAGCCGCCACCAAGCAGUAAGCAGCGGUGCUGUGAUAUGUUAACAAUAAUAAAAUAGCUGUAUUCUUAUA